AUGCCACCCUCAUCCAAAUCUCAACCUCAAAAAGUAGUCAUCCAGCUGCACUACAAUGACCUCCGAACGCACGAUUCGCCCGUACUCUCCCACGUGCAUUCAGCCCAGUCUUCGGAGAAGGGGAUCACGCACUUCUUGCCGAUCUACGUAUUCGACGAGAGGGUGGUUGCGUUGAGUUGUGUUCCUGGGUACGAAGAGUUUGCGCUCAGGUCCACUUCUACCUCGGCAACAGGUCAGGAAGAGAAGGAAAAGAAGGAAAAGAAGGAAGAGAAAGACGAAGCUAGACCGACUACCAUCCGGGGCCUGGGUGACCUUCCCCGCCUCCCCCCCUCUACCUCCUCCUCUUCCCCAUCCUCCACAUCCUCUCCCGCCUCUACCCCCACACCCACCCCAACUAAAAUCCCGCACCCAAAAACCCGCCUAGGCUUCUUCCACAAGACAUCCCGCCACCGCCUCAAAUUCCUCACCGAGUCCGUCUUUGCACUCCGUCAGUCUUACCGGGGGAUGGGUGGAGAUCUGAUUAAAGGGCAUGGGGGAGAACAGGGGGGAGAGGGGGAUGGGGGGAGGUAUGAGGUUACCGAGGUUUGGAUGCAGAAGGAGGUCAGCACCGAAGAAGUCCACUUCCAACGGCGCCUCCGCGCCAUCCUCGAACCCUACGGCACCGUCUUGAAGCUGGUGGAUUCUAAACCGAUGGUCGCACCCGAAGAUCUGCCUUUUGGGAUCGAGGAUACGCCGGAUUUGUAUACUAGUUAUCGGAAGCAAGUGGAAGGUCUAGGCGAAGAAAUGAUCCGCCCCCCCUCCCCCCUCCCUGCCAAGCUCAAACCCAUCCCCCGACUCCCUCCUUCCCUCUCCCAAUCGAUGUACCUUCUCCCGGAGAACCUUUGUUCGACAGAGGUUUUCCUUCCAUACCUCUUGGCUCCUUUACUAGCCCAGCCAGACCUCGGAGACCCUCUCGCCCCGAUCCCGAUCCCCACCUCCGACAGCGAAUGGGAUUCCUACACUUCCAAACUCCCUGCAGACGACCCCCGCUCCGCCUUCCCCUUCGUGGGCGGGGAGACCUCGGCCCUGGCCAGGCUGGACGACUAUCUCGGCAAACACAUCUCCCAAGGGAAAGUAGAGGGGGGGACUAAGGCGAUGGGGUACAAGGAUACUAGGAACGGGUUGUUAGGUGAAGGGUUUAGUACCAAGUUUUCAGCUUGGUUGGCUAAUGGGUCGAUGAGCGGGCGGUAUGCCGGAUGGAGGGUCGGGCAGUUGAUGCAGAGCCUGGCCAACGAGGGCAAGCUCAGCAAACACGUCGAAGGCAACGUCUACUGGAUCCAAUUCGAACUCCACUGGAGAGACUACUUUUACUACGUCUCCCAAAAGUUCAGCCGGAUGCGUUCUUUCAACACCGAACGGCUCAGAAAAGCGCGACGUAUGCCCCCCGACUCACCAGCUCCGGGGGAAGCGGGUACCUCCUCGAGCCUGUUCAACCUGGGUGGGUUCCAGGAAGUCUUGAAACCACACGAGAGCGCCAAGACGAUCGAUAAUUGGAAACCUUUCGACCUGAGCGACCCUGAGGACAAGGCGAGGUUGUUCUUCCAAGGCAAGACCGGUGUCCCCUUCCUCGACGCCGCUCUCAAGGAAAUCUCCGCUACCGGCUACAUGUCCAACCGGAUGAGACAAAACGUGGCUUCGUACUUUACCGUCGACCUGUACAUCGACUGGCGGGUCGCCGCCGAAUGGUUCGAAUCCCUGCUCGUCGACCACGACGUCUGCUCGAACAGCGGGAACUGGCAAUACCAAGCCAGCGGCGUCGGCUUGGACGCCAGGGCGAGCAGACAGUUCAACCAGAUUAAACAGGCGAAUCAGUACGAUGUUGGGGAUGAUUACGUCAAGACGUGGGUGCCUGCGUUGAAGGAUGUGGAUGAGACGUUCAUCCAGACUCCUUGGUUACUUUCCGAUCAAGAAAAGGCAAAGCUAGACUACCCGUCCAAACCGCUCUCAGAAGGUCCUGAUUGGAAACGACAUUACCGAACGUUCAGUGGGCAUGGAGGAGGCGGUGGUGGCGGUGGUUUCGGGGGAAAAGGUCGCGGUGGACAAGAAGGUGGGGGUAAUCGAGGAGGGAAGCGCGGUCGGGGCGGUCAUCAUGGCCAUGGGAGCGGCGGUGGGAAGAACAAGGGUAAGGGUGGACGUGCGGAUCGGGGCAAUAAGCAGCUCGCCGUCGAUUAG